AAUAUUGUACGCAUGCUCUCUGUUUGAGAAGAACUUUUCUUGGACUUUUCUGUUCCUGAAAGUCGGCGGUAGUUCUUCUUGAGAAAGGGUUAGCUUUGAGCUGAAACUGUGCGUGUUCUUCCUUCGCUAAAGGGCUCUUUUGGGCAUCAAGAUGCAGCCUCUCGAUCCUACAACUCUGGCAAUCAUUGCCGUGGUCGUAGCCCUCGUACUUUCUGCACUUCUCUUACUUCUGUUUGCAACUCGCGAGGAAAAAUACGAGGAUGUACUGGCGGCGCAGCGCUCUGAACAAGAGGCCUAUCUGGCGCGCACCGCUUCUGCAAAGCCUGUAAAGCAACGGAAGAAAGUGGGAAAGGGCAAGAAAAAGUAUUCAGAUGAGGGAGAAGUACUGGAGGAAAUUUCAUCGCCUCAAGUCGAAGAGGCGAUCGAGGCAAGCGCUUCGAAUGCGGACGAUGAAGGCUUUCCUCCAUCAGAUGAAUAUUCCAAAGAUCGUCCUGGAAUGCGCACUGAUGAGAAUAUACCACUCGCUGAAGAAAAGCCAAGCUCUGGUGUCUUAAAAGAGCGCCAAGGGAAAAAGAAGGCAAAGAAAAAUGUUCCAAAAGAGGAGGUUGUUUCCGUGACCGAAAGCCCUGCAUUCGAAAGGCCACGUGAGGACGUGGAAGAAGUUGUUACUGAAGUUGAUGUUGUCGCCUCAGUGGAAAGCGAGCCAGACAAACCUGUGGAUUUCGAAAUUGAGGGGCAGAAAUUUCCCGAAAACAACGGAACAGCAACUUCAGGCAAGAAGACGAAGGCUAAAGCCAAAAUUACCAAGGACAAGGGACCUAUUCAACAAGGUGAUGUGAGUUCUAAACGUCUUAUGGAGAUGGUGACAUCUUCUAACCUCAACUCAGUGGAAAUUCAAGCUUUGAUUGACGUUUUGUUGAACAAACAAGGAGAUAAUAGCCAGUGGAAAAAGUCUUCCUCAAAAGGUGACACUGUAGAGGUAUUGAAAAAACAGCUCCAGGAAAAAGAGAGUCAGAUAUUAGAAGAACGUCAGCAAUCUCAAAAUGCUGCUACUAAGUUAAGGGAGCUGAGCUUCUGUGCACUAGCUAAAGAGAUCCAAGCUCUUCAAGCACGAAUGCAGGCUUCUCAUGAAAGCCAUGCUUUAGAGGUUCAAACUUUGCAAGCUCAGAUGCAUCAGUUGCAGGAUGUGGUGGCAUCAUCAAAUGUGGGCAAUAUACAGCGUCUUCAGGAGGAGAAUGCUCAGCUGAAGAAUGCAUCCAUGAGAGCAGCACAACUAACUGCAGACAAAGAAUCACUGACAUCUGAACUGACCAAACUGCAACAGUCAUAUCGGCUUGUAAAGGGAGAGCUGAGCACCAAAACAGAGCAGUUGACUCAGAGCGAGGAAAGAGUUCGACAGAUGACCAUUCAUCAGAACAGUGUGAAAGAAGCAGAUAAUGCGUUGUCAAAGCGUCUGGCUGAAGUAAAUGAAGAGCUUCACAAGUCUCAGGCUAGAAAUAGCGCGUUACAAAAAGAUCUCAACACCACUGCACAGGUACUUAGGACAGAAGAGGCUAAAACAGCAGAGUUGAACAAUCGUCUGAACGAAUUAGCUGCUGCCGACACAAAUCAAGCUGAUGCUAUGAAUUCUUUGACUGCUAAACUUCAAGAGGCAACGGCAAGGAUUUCUGAACUGCAAAAGAUGUUCACUGAUGUUGAAAAUCAGUUGAAGGACUCGCAAGUGAUCCAGAUGCAGAAAGAUAAGGAGAUACAGGUUCUUCAAGAAGAACUUAGAUUGGCAAAGGAAAGUGUGCAAACCUCUGUCAGCAAUCAUGUUAGCAGUGCUGCCCCAGCUGAGAAUGGCAAAGAACCUGAUGUGUCUUCCAAGAUCCAUCAAGAUGCGUUAAAGGUUAAAGAAGAUGUCAUUGCGGAGUUGCACGGCAAUGUGCUCAAGAAAGAUGAGGAAAUUGCCAGUCUUAGAAGCCUGUUAGAUGAGCAAAAGAACAAGAAUAAUGACCUCCGUAAGAAGAACUGGAAAGCUAUGGAAGCCUUAAAUGACGCCGAGAAAAAUACUCAGGCACAAAUAAAUAAGGCUGUUGAGGCAGCCAAGGUGGCAAGCGAGAGUGUUGCUAAUGGACAGAAUGAUGUGUUGAAGGAGAGAGAAGACACGAUAGAAAAACUCCAAGAAGAACUCAAGGAUAAAAAAGAAGAAUUUAAUAAACUAGAAAAAGUUCUACAACAACAAAAGGAAAAGAACAAUGAAUUGCGCGAGAAGAACUGGAAGGCAAUGGAUGCAUUGUCAGGAAUGGAAAAAAAUUUGAACAACAAAAUCAAGACUGCUGUGCAAGGCGUCAAGGAUGAAAACAAGACACUGCUGAAUGAAGAACAAAAUGAGACAAAGACCAUUCUUUGUAGAGUUCAUCCAAAUGUCAUGAUAGACACCACUCUGCCUUACAGAAAGUGGCUUGGUGAGUUUGAGAAACAAGCAUCACAGUCUACCUGUGACAGUCAAGAGUUGGAAGAUCUUACCAAAAAGUUUGAGGAUGUUCAAGCACAGAAAGAUACUUUAGUGGCAGAAUGUGCCCAUUACAAAGUAACACUUCAAGAAACGGAAUCAUUGCUCAGGAAGUUGGAAGAUAAUGUUGAAUCAGAAAUGGAUAACUGGCAAAAAAUUGUGGAGCGAACUCAACGAGAGCUGAAAGAGGCCAAUGAUAGAAUAUCAUCAUUAGAGGAAGAUCUUCAAAAGACGACAGGAUCAGCGUCUUCUCAGUUGGACACAAUAGCUUCUUUAGAACUUCAUCUCAAAGAGGCGCGAGCAGCUGAGAGUGAAGCUAAGCAACGCUUUACUGAAUUACAGGAACAACUUGAAAAAUCUACUGUCUCUGAAGAUGCAGAUAAGAUCAAGAAACUCGAAAAAGAACUUGAAGCACUAAGAACUCAAGAAAAGGAACUUACUGAUACAAUUUCCAGACUAGAAUCUACAGAAAAAGAAUUAAUUAAGUGUAAGAAACAAUUAGAAGUUUCAGCCAAGGAAGUUGCUGAACGUGACAAUGAAUUGAAGACAACAAAGAGUGAACUCAUUAAAGCUCAGGGAUCAGAAGGAGAACUUAAGAAAAAGGUUGCAGCACUUGAGGAAGCUCUAUCCAAGGCUAACAAUGACUUGGGCAAAUCACAGGAAUCGCUCGACAGUAUAAACAGCAGCCCUGACAAGAAGAAGAAGGGCCUGAAGGGAGCAUUGAAUAAAGUCAUGUCCAAGGUUUGUAGUGAAGGGCACAGUGCACUGAUGUAUUCCCAAAGCUGCACUAAACAUUCUAGGAAAUUUAUAGAAGCCCAGGGCGUUAACGUGGGACUUAACGGUACUCUUGUUUUAUAGGAUCUCAAGAACGCUAAAGAAGACCUAGAAAAGCAAAAGAAAGCUUUAGAAGUUGAAUACAAAGAAUUAAAGAGACAAUCAAUUUCUGUUGAAGCGGAAAUGACUCAGUCGCAACAGAUAGAAAAAGAUAUGGCCGAAGCAAUGAGCGAGACAGCUUUAAGUCCCGUGAAGCCCCGCCUAGCCCCCAGUGAGAACAUACCCAAACCCGAGUAUCAUGGAACGUUGAAGCCAGCAGAUAACUUUGAUGCUGAAAAAGAUGCCGAGGCGCUGAGAAAAGCUAUGCAGGGAUCUGGAAGCGACAAAGAUGCUAUAGUAGCAGUUCUUGGAGCACGCAGCAACAAACAGCGGCAAGAGAUUGCUGCAAAAUACCUUCAAAAGUAUAAUAAGAACCUGACUGAUGACUUGAAAUCAGAGCUUAGUGGAAAGUUUCAGGAUGCCGCCAUUGCUUUGAUGUCGGUUCCGGAAUUUUACGAUGCUACUUCACUUCAUGAUGCCAUGUCGGGACUCGGAACUGACGAGCAAGUUCUUAUAGAGAUUUUAUGUUCACGCAGUUAUGAGGAACUUCAACUCGUCAAGUCAGCGUACACACAAAUUUACAGUGGAAAAGAUGUCCUUAAAAAAAUCAAGGAAGACACAGGGGGAGAAUUCCGGACCACCUUAAUGAACUUGAUAGAGAAAAAACGAGAUAGCAAAGAAAAAGUUAAUGAGAGCCUUGCCAAAGAGGAUGCCAAGAAACUAUUCGAGGCAGGACAAGGGAAGAAAGGACCCGACAAAGCAGUGCUUGUUGAAAUUCUAACAAGCAGAAAUUUCGCACAACUACGAGCCACUUUGGACGCCUACAAAACCUUGGCUAAUGGUGAUCUCCUGGAAUUCAUCAACGAACAUUUGAGUGGGGAUUUACGCAAUGCCUUGAAGGCGAUAGUUCGAUGUGCACAAGACUCUCCGCUUUUCUUUACCGAGGUUUUGGAAAAAGCGCUUGACAAAUCCAACAGCAAAACUGUCACUCGUGUGCUGGUUACAAGAUCAGAGACGGAUCUGGCCGACAUCAAGACUCAAUACGAGAAGAAGACUGGACAGCCACUUAAAGACGUUGUCGUCAAGAAAAUGAGAGGAGACCUGGAAAAAAUUCUUUUACAGAUUCUGGGCAACUGAGAAAACGAAUUUUAAACUAAAUCUUGGCAUCAUUUGGCGAGGUUUCGUCGCCAGCGAAGGACAGCUGUAGUUUCCAUAUUUCCAGUUAGUUUUCUGUGAAGUCAUGGGACCUACAGCUGUUUUUUUUUCUGAGCAAUAAUUAAAUGUAGAUUAAGUAAUACAAAUUCUAAACCAAAGCUUUUUCAUGUUUAUGGUGCUUUACCGUUUCUCGUCCUACUAAAUGUGAAAAUCUCGAGAUUUUAGUAUUUGGUCUCCGGUGUACAUCAGUGUUGUCUGCAUUCUCGUCCCCAGAACCAAUUUAAUCUCGUAACCGUGGGGGACUUGACUCGAGUUUUGUCGUCGGUGCCCUGUAGCUAUUUUAUUAUAGAAACAAGACGCAUCACGUGAUAAAAACAUCUGAACAUAAAAAAACUUUCAAACAUAUCGUUAUAUCGUACGAAAUUACAAUAAUGUCGAGCACUGGAAGAUUCUACAGUGCUUCAAAUAUUUUUGAAUUGUGCCACUUAAAUAAGUUAGGCUUUGUAUUAAAUUAUGUAGUUAAAAUGCCAUGUUGGGGCAAGUGAGAAAUGCUCGGUCGAUCAUGAUAAAUUUACCAGAAAACUUAACUAGUAAAUGGGUUAAAAGGCGACAAAUUAAUAUAAAGUACUCUGCGAGUAAUUCUAUUUUGAGGCCGCAGCUAUUGUCUUAUAAUUAAUUUUGGGAAGAAAUUCGAUGUUUAGUUUGCUCUUUUGGAAGCAUUUGGUUCAACAAUCGAGAAACAGUUUUUCAGUGUCAAUGGUGGGUGUGGUAAUUUUCUUUCGCUGAUUUUAACAACUUAUUUUUUCAUGGAAAGUCAAUGUUACAGUUGAAAGUUUUGUCUGAUGGUUGAAUAUUGGAGGAGCGUUCUUGGCAUAAUUUAGAGAGGUAUCGGUAGUAUGGGGCAUAGUGCAGAUCCAAGAUGUUCAAGAGAUGGAGUCCGAGAUUCAUUUAUAGUUUUGCCAGAGUAAAACGCUACAUGGGCAAAACUCAAACGGACGGAACAAGUAACUUUAAAGUGGCGAGUCCCUUCUCUUCAGCUGGAAUGAGCGCGCGGUUUUCGGUCAGAGAAGUUCCGUAGCAACAUCGCAUAUUCUAAGACAUUAUGCUGACAAGAGAACUCGCUGAAUUGUCGUAAGUGCUCGCGAAAUUUUUUGGUUGGAGAAUUAAGAAUUUGAGACCUUGUGUCCAAGAAUCUUUGUUGAAAAGCGUGCUGGUUUCCCGUUCAAUGUAAACUGUUUUUACAUCUGGCAAAACGAAAUGGCCAAAAGUAAUUAAGACCAGAUACGUUUCGUUGUAUUUUGUAUGUAGCGGAUAACAAAUAUCGCUUCAUUCAUACGAUACGUAAAAUGCGCAAACUAAGACUGUCGUGUUAUUGUUUGCGCUGUAAGUGUAAUGUUAAUGUCUGAAAUUAAUUAAAUCCACCUUUCCUAAUUUUCCCGUUA